GGAAAGUAAGAAACAGUGGAGGAAAGGCUCCGUGCGGGAAACGGGGAAACACGAAGAGGAAAAAGAGUGAGAAACAAAGCUAAGGUGAAUUAGUUGAAGGCAAGUAUGGAAGACAAGCACAGGAAAACAGCAAAGCCACGUGAUCUUGCAAGGCGGAGUCCGCAGAUUCGACACGGGAGGAGGCGGCGAAAGCGUGCGGGGUGGCCCGCGCGAAGCCUUGCUGAGAUAGCCAGGCUGGCAAAUAAACUUUACUUUAAUCGCUACAGCAGGCCAGGCAGGCAAGACGCGCCCUCGGCGGCGGGGCGAGAGGAGAACCAGCGCAGCCGAGAUUCAAGUAGGAGGUUCGCCAGAGAGGUUCAAACCACAGGUUCGGCCGGAGGUUCAGCCGGGAAGAGACUGCUCCUUCGCCAUUUAGAAGCCCGCGGGCGGUUCGCUCCGGGCCGAUGGAGCCAGCACAGUACCAGAUCCCCCUGGUGGUGUCGCCGCCGCGACAGCGCCCGUGGCAGAGGCUGUACCUCACGCCUACACAUUCCUCGGCCGCCCACGCCCGCGCGCCCUCGCACGCCUUCGAAAACGUCCUUGAGUACGCAGGCCCCGGGCAGCAGAAGGUGAGGGACAGCCUCGAGUGGAGGCUCGGCUCCCUCUACGACCACGAGAAGGACCUGUUCAAGGAGGAGCGAGCUGUCCUGCGCCGGCGAUGGCGAGACAAGCGCGAGUGCCGCGAGGGACAGGCCGUGGAGCAGGCCGCCCGCCUCCUGCACGCCCACCAGACCGCCCACGCAGACCUGCAUGGCGACGAUCUCUCAAACCUCGAGACGUCUGUGGCGAGUGGCGGCUGCGGGCCCCGCGUGGUGGCGGUGCGGGUCCGCGACUCGCUGGCCACGUCGCUGCUGUACUCACCGCGCCCUACGCACACGCUCACCGUACCCAAGGCCACCCCGGGCUACGCCAGGAACCCCAACGGAGCCUUCUUCACCUCCUGAGCGUGCCAGAGGAGGCGCUAUUGCCACAGUGCUGCGACCAAGCCCUUCAGGAGUUAUGAAUGAAAUCAAACCUUACUGGUUGACUUGUGGCUGAUAAACUGAUUAUGCAACUGA